AUGCAAGAGCCGGAGAUCUUCGAACAGCCAGUGGCCGACAAGGACCCGGAGGCCCUUGGUGUGAUCGACGAAACUGGUACCUAUCAUACCGUGCUGGGCAGCGGCAGCGGCGUUGGGCAAAUUACUGUUGAUGAUGCACAUGACGACUAUCAUGACUUUGUCUAUCCCGAAGACAGAAAACUAGGGACUUGGUCCACGGCUUUCUUGAUCAUCAACCGGGUCGUUGGGGCGGGAAUAUACUCAACCCCGUCUGGGAUCAUUUACUCAAUAAACAGCGUUGGUAUGACGUUGCUCUUUUGGGUCCUGGGCGGCUUGAUGACUUUCUGGAGGCGAGAAGGUUUAUUCCAAUUCGUUCUGUUUGCCAUCUCCACCGGCGGUAGCGUUAGCUUUAGCAGCUAUAUACUGCGAGCGAUAACAUAUGACGCCCAAGACGGGAGCUGGCUGAAUCGAGGUAUUGCGAUUGCCGCCAUUACUGUGGUUUGCCUUAUCCAUGCCUUUGCUCCCCGCUGGGGUAUCUGGCUCAGCAACGGCCUCGGCGCCUUCAAGCUCAUUCUGCUCAGUUUACUCGUCUGCACCGGCUUUGCCGCUCUUGCCGGACGGACAGCUACACCGAGACCCCACCCUGGCAAUUUCUCAAGCUUUCACGGACCCGACAUGCCGCAGCCUGAUGAGGAGGACUCGGCCGGUGCUGUCGCCGGAUAUGCCACUGCUCUGCUCCAAAUCCUCUACGCUUAUAGCGGGUGGGAGAAUGCAAAUUAUGUCUUGACCGAAGUUCGGAAUGCGCCAAAGACAUUGCGCAAGGCAGCACCGAUUGCCAUCUCGGUUGUUACUGUGCUCUAUGUUCUCGCCAACAUUUCCUAUUUUGCCGCCAUGACCAAAAGCGAGAUUGCCAACUCAAAGGUGGUCGUUGCCGCCCAGUUUUUCCAGAACGUAUGGGGCAAGAGCGCCUUCGUCGACCAUGUGGUGCCGCUCUUCAUCGCCCUCUCGGCGUUGGGCAAUGUAUUUGCGCAGUCGUUUGCCAUGCCUCGCGUCAAGCAGGAACUGGCCAAAGAGGGCAUUCUGCCUUGGUCUCGCUUUUGGGCCAGCGACUGGCCAUUCAACGCUCCUACUGGGGCUAUCUUUCUCCAUUGGAUCUUUUCCUGUGGCCUCAUCCUCGGGUCGCACACCUCAGACGUUUACAUGUUCGUCACCAACGUCUUCAUUUACAGCAGCAAUUGGAUCAAGGUCUUCCUCGCCAUCGGCCUUGUUUACCUCAGCUUUGCCCCGUCGGAACGGUGGGCCGAGCAGCGCACUACGUUUCGGAGCUCGCCGCUGCUGACCAUUUUCUGGAUCAUCUCGUUGCUCUAUGUCCAAGCGGCGCCCUUCAUCCCGAAUUCGCUGCUUCAUACGGUGCCGUUCUUUGUCGUACCUACGCUCGGCACCAGCCUCCUGGUCCUCGGCACCGGUUACUGGCUGGUCUGGGCCAAAGUGCUCCCGGCGUUUGGGUACAGUAUCCAGCAUGAGAUUGUGCAGAUGCCGGAUGGGAGCGAGCGGGUCAAAUACAAGGUGAGUCUCUGUGGCUUUCUAGUCUGGGGGGCGGGCUCAGGAGGAGGAAAAGGCGGGGACAGUGGCAGAGGCAACGGAAAAAAUCUACGAUACGCCGAUCAUGUGGGCAUCCACUACGUGCUCUGCAGCAAACUUCGCCAGUUUCCCUACGAGGAUAUCGAGUUCUUUCUUCCGCAGCUAUGCCACCUCAUAAUCAGCCUCGACAAUGAGUCGAUGGCCUUGGAGGAGUUCCUGCUGGAUCUCUGCGAGGAGUCGGUCACCGCAGCAUUGCUGACAUUCUGGUUGUUCCAGACCUACCUGCACGACCUAUCAUCGAAUCCCCAGACCGAAGCAUUCAAGACAUGUCGCAGGGUAUACAACAAGGUACAACAUGUCGUAUUUGGUCUGUCGGAGAGCGGAAGGCAUGAAAAGAUUGUCGAAAAUGUCCUACCCGUAACGGUUCUAGGGAGUUUCGUUCUUGGAAGCAUAGCCUGCCCCUUUCUGCCACACUGGGCUGGACCCCUAGCCGUUGCCCAAGCUAGGAAGCCUCGCCCAGUUGUCGAAACCAUUUCCGAGGCCGCGGCUGUCACUGCGAAUGUGAAUGUGCCGGCCCGCGCACACACCAUGACCGGAAAUCCUCGAGCAAGGCGGCCAAAGGAUGGGCGCGUUGCGAGUGCCCCGGAUUCUAGGGGUACGCAGGGCAACCAGCACACAAAAUCACCUGCCAAGGCACCGCGACCGUCAUCAAAGUCGGCAACCGUGGAAACCCCGUCACAAAAGAAGGAGGAUGCAGGUUUACCGUCACAGCUCGAGAAUUUGGCCCUCGACGGACGUCUCAGCUCGGCUUCUCUGCCUUUACCUGAGUCCAGGCCACCUCGUAUCGUUACAAGGCCAUCUACGCCACAGUCGGCUGGCCUGCGGCCGUCUGAGCCUAUACAGAGGAGACAUUCUCACCAUCUAAAAACUCCAUUGAAUCUAGCCGACAUGACCCCUCUGCAAAAGACGCGCCUGCUGCGCCAAAACUAUUUCCGCUGUCAGACUGCGUUCCUAUCGGCAUUGGAGGACAUCUCGAACCGCCUAAUCAUGGUCCCCAAGCCUGCCCGUUUGAGCGCCCUACGUGCUGAGCUGGCACUCAUCGCCCGGGAUCUACCCGCGGAGGUGGACAUCCCGGUCAUAUGCCCUCCUGACUUGGUGGAUGGCUCUCCGGCCCGAAGCCGCCAUCACAGGAUAGUCCGGCUCAACCCGGCCGAGGCCACUGUUCUCAACAGCGCCGAGAAGGUGCCGUACCUGCUCAUGGUCGAAAUUCUGCGCGAUGAUUUCACGUUUGAUCCCGACACCCAGGACAACCAAAGACUACUCACGAAUCUGCUGGCCGAGCAAGGAACACGCAAGCGAAUAUUUGACCUGUCCGAUGCCCAGAAACUAUCUACCACUUCCCGCCCGCCAGAGUUGGUUGUCGACAGCGUCUUUGAGCCGGCAUCGGGGGAUUUGGGGAGUUCUCCCAUGCUCAAGCCCGUAGAUGACGACUUUUUUGGGCCAAGGCCGAUGCAAUCGAGCCACUCCCUCCGGCUGUCGAGCGCUGCCAACACCACGGCAUCGACCGGCUCGGAUAAGAGCACUCCCCGGAGCUCGGGUGACCCCACCUCAGGAGCUUCCAGCCCUCCAUUAAGGAGAAUGACGCUGACCAAUCCGCGCAACAACUCGGUCGACCAGCCCGACUUCUCGGCCCUAGCGGUGCACAUGCGCACGGCUUCGCAGAUGCUGGCGCAGCUGGACGCAACAAGCGGCAAGCGGCCCCGCCAGGAGGUGGCGGCCAUCCGGGCGCGCAUCAUCGCAAGCAUGCAGAGUCUGGAAGAGCAGAGCUUCGAUCUUGACGAUGGCCAAGGACCCACGUUUGACAUGAUCAUGGCCAGGGCGCAGGCUGCGUCAGCGGCGAACGAGGCUGCCAACGGAGGUGCAGAAGGGGGCAAUGACGAUGGCACGGCCCCGUCUGUCGAACCUAAUCUCAACGCCAAUGCAGGCAUCGACCGGAUGGAGAACGACAUCAAGACGGGCGGCCUGCAGCGCAAGGGCGACCGCGACGACCCAAGCGCGGCCGUGUUUGGCGAGGCGUGGGAGACGAAGAAGGAGCGGAUCCGCAAGUCGUCGCCCUACGGCUGGAUGAAGAAUUGGGACCUGGUCAGCGUCAUCGUCAAGACGGGCUCGGACUUGCGCCAGGAGGCCUUUGCGUGCCAGCUGAUCCGCGUGUGCCAUAAGAUCUGGGUCGACGCGGGCGUACCCGUGUGGGUCAAGCUGAUGCGCAUCCUCGUCACGGGCGAGUCGUCUGGCCUAAUCGAGACCAUCGCCAACGGCGUGUCGCUGCACUCGAUCAAGCGCAGCCUCACCCUCUCAAGCAUCGAGUCGGGCGCCAACCCCCGCCGCAGGAUCGCGACGCUCAGGGACCAUUUCAUUAAGGUGUUUGGCAGCCCGGAUAGUGAACCUUAUCGGGCCGGCGUGGAUGCCUUCAAGAGGUCCCUCGCGGCGUACAGCGUCAUCUCAUACGUCCUGCAGCUCAAGGACAGGCACAAUGGGAAUGUCCUUAUUGACAACGAGGGACACAUCAUUCAUAUUGAUUUUGGCUUCAUGCUGUCCAACUCGCCCGGCUCGGUCGGGUUUGAGGCGGCGCCGUUCAAGCUUACCUACGAAUAUGUUGAUGUGCUGGGUGGGGUCGGCUCGCCGGAUUUCGAUGACUUUAAGAAGCUUUGCAAACAGGCGUUUCAGGCCCUCCGGCGAUCGGCAGACAAUAUCACGGACCUGGUCAGCAUGAUGGGCCGCGAGUCCAAGAUGCCCUGCUUCGGGGCGGGCGUGACGCAGGUGACGGCGGCGCUGCGAGGGCGCUUCCAGCUGCAGCUGAGUGCCGACGAGGCCGAGCAGUUUGUCGAGAAUGACCUGAUUGGCAAGUCGCUUGGUAGCUAUUAUACACGACUUUAUGAUACUUUCCAGUAUAGGACGCAGGGGAUCUACUAG